CGCUCAUGCAAAACCAUGAAACAAAGGAGGGGAAGGAACAGGCAGGAGUUCAUAUCACAUGCACAGCGAAGGCCCAAUAACAGUUUUGCCUUUGCCACUCCCUAAACGUGAAAUCAGGUGAUUAAACGAAGGCGUGGCGUUGAAAAAUGCUUUGCCGUUGCAACACCUUGUCUGUUCAUUUCUCCCCGGAAACAAAUUACUUGUUGAAACACUGAAAGCGGUGGACUGCGUGAGCUGGAUCAGCAUGGCUGUCAAGGGUGGAAUCGUGUGUGUGAAAUACCUAAUGUUUGCCUUCAACUUGGUCUUCUGGCUUGCAGGCACUGCCGUGUUGGGGGUCGGCCUGUGGCUGAGGUUAGACCCCUCAACCAAAGGCCUGUUUGACGGACCAGAUUCUCCAUAUGUGUUUUACACUGGUGUAUACAUCCUUAUAGGCGCUGGUGCACUGAUGAUGGUGGUUGGGUUUUUGGGAUGUUGCGGGGCGAUCCAGGAGUCACCCUGUAUGCUGGGGCUGUUCUUCUUCUUCCUGCUUAUCAUAUUUGCUGUUGAAGUAGCAGCUGGAAUCUGGGGAUUUUCCAACCAAACCAAGGUGGUGAACGAUAUCACAAUGUUUUACAGACAGACGUACACGAAGUACAAGGAAAGCGGAGCUGCGCAUCUCAAAGAGACACUGAAAAUGAUUCAGAACGGGUUGAACUGUUGCGGCCCAAAUGGCAUGGCUGUGGAAACUGAAAAAGACACUUGUCCUCAAGUGGAUACACUCGAGCAGCUCCUAAUCAAGAGCUGCCCGAAUGCCAUUGAGGAGAUGUUUGACUCCAAGCUGCACAUCAUCGGGGGCGUCGGCAUCACCAUUGGGAUUGUCAUGGUGUUUGGGAUGAUCUUCAGCAUGCUCCUGUGCUGCGCCAUCAGAAAAUCUCGAGAGGUGGUGUGACACCCGCCGUCACACCCUUGAAGUCCCCGUUAAUGUUGCAUGAUGUCGUUCUUCAGAGUCACACGGCUCUCCACUGCCAAUAGAAACACUGCUUGUUCAUGGGGGGAAAUUACCUAAACUGGGCUGUGUGCAGAUCCUUCAGAUUUCAUUGAGCAUCUGUUGUAAAUGUUCUGCUGACACUUUUAGGCCCACCUUUCUGGAUUAGAUAAGCGCAAAGUGGUUACUAGGCCCAAAUAUAGAAUGGGUGUCAUCUGUGCUUCAGUGACGAUAUAGUACACAAGUGUGUAAUUUUGAGGUAAUUUGUAUGAAAUUAGUGUUUUGUGAAUUGCUAAAUAUCCAAACAAAGGAGUGUAGUGUUGUAUUCUGAUCACAUUGAUAUUGUUUUCACUCGGGGUCACUCGCUGCCAUCAACAGUGAGGGGCCAAAUAAUGGCAAACACAACCACUCCAGCACCACACGGCAGUAGCCAACGCCUGCAGUUUCAUUCUUCACAAGACUGAAGUCAAAUCAUGAUGAUCGUAGCCAACUCAAUGCCAAGCUGCAAACUGCAAUAACUGUGGUUUUACCCAGCUGGGUAUUAAAAAUAGUAGCAUCCUGGGUUUUUUUUCCAAGGUAUUUGCUUUUCAUUUGUUCCUGUCCUUUAUGGUCCUAUACCAUAAUUUGUCCAUCCUUUAAAACGCCUUUCUGUGUUUUUGUCACAUUUUGUAAGUUUUUUUUUUUUAAUGUGUUUAUAAGGUUCAUGCAGUUUAAUGAUGUAUUUUAUAUUGUUGUAGUUAUUUUACAGAGAUUGGAUUGAUUUAUACCAUAUGCACUGUUUCACAGAGAUGAUAAUUAACAAUACGAACCAAAUAAACUUCAGUGUACUCAGUCAACUG